AUGGAUCCCUCGAACCCAAACAACAACAAGGCAAGCAGAGUCUACGAUCCUGUCCGGGACGUAUUCACUACGCUGGAGACAACUAAAUCGAUCAACAGUGUCGCUGACCGGCACAACCAGAUUAACAACCAACUUGACAACCAACUUGACAAUGUGUUCAACGGUCCGGCUUUCGAGUCAUUUGAUCCAUUUUACGGCGGGUUUGGCGGGUAUGAUGGACUUGACUGGUACGACGAACUUGAUGGGUUUGAUGGGCUUGAUGGUCAGCUUUACCCCCCAGUUGACAAUGCAUUUGACGGCCCGGUUCUCAACCCAGCCAACGAACCUGACAACCCAAUCCCUGACAACAGUGCUCAAGCCGACGCAGCCACUAACCCUACCAAAAAGUGCACCAGGUGUCGAAACCAGACAACCAACCCCAAGUCAUGCAACGAGUGUUGCGCCAAGAUGGUUGCGCAAAGGAAGGCCUGGAUCAGCCAAGGCAUUUGUUCCAGAUGUGGAAAGAAUCCGGCUCGCCAAGAUGCAAACGGCGAAAGGGGUAAGAGGUGUGAGGAGUGUUUGGCGAAGCGGAGAGCCGAGACUGCGGAUGCUAGGGAGAGGAGAAAUGCUGCAAAGGCACUCAUGGAGUUGAGUCGAGGUUAA